AUGAUCAACGCUGCCAUUGCCCGCCACACCCUCUGGCCAUGCCGCCAACUCCGUCCACUCCUGGUUGAUCGACAACUUCGCCUUCGAAAGGAGCGGGAAGACCUCAGAGCGCAGGCAGCGGCAGCAGUAACGACUGGAGAGGUUGUUGAUGGACCAAGUCCAGGUUUAGCAGGAGACCUUACCGAUUUGCCCAAGGAGGAUGGGAGCGAGGAUCUUGUUCUUUUAGUCGAGCACACGCCGACAUACACCAACGGACGCCGAAACAGAGGUGCACAAGGAAUCAGCGAUCAAGAGGCUGCACGGUUACAAGGCCUGGGUGCUGUCUAUGUAGAGUCACUUCGCGGAGGCGAGAUCACCUUUCACGGACCUGGGCAAUUGGUGGCGUAUCCUAUCUUGGAUCUCAAACCCAUCAAGUUGAGUGUUCGGUGCUAUGUAUCGUACCUGGAAAAGUCCAUCAUUGCGACUUGCGCUGAGUUUGGCGUGAAAGCGAUGACGACGGAAAAUACUGGAGUUUGGAUCAACGACCAGAAAAAGAUUGCCGCUAUCGGCGUCCAUGUGCAACGAUACAUCACAUCACAUGGGCUUGCACUCAACUGCAACACGGAUCUGGAAUUCUUCAAUCAGAUUGUCGCUUGUGGAUUGACAGGCAAGGAGACGACCUCGUUGUCCAAGGAACUUGGCGACCUCUCUGUCGAUGUUCAGGCUGUUAUCCCCAAAUUUCUGAAAGGAUUCGGAGCGACCUUUAAUCGCGACCUUGUUGCACUUUCAGAAACACGACCUGAACUGGAGAAGGCUAUCCAGGACUACAUUCAAACGGGCAAUACCGAAAGACUGAGGUAG